GAAGCCGUGGUCUUUUCGAAAGAGCGGAAGCUAAGGAGAGAAGCAAAUCGAGAGUCGAGAAGAUGGUGUCUGGGUCAGGGAUAUGCUCCAAGCGUGUCGUGGUUGACGCACGUCACCACAUGUGUGGUCGUCUCGCUUCGAUCAUUGCUAAGGAAUUGCUCAAUGGACAGAGCGUUGUCGUUGUCCGAUGUGAGGAGAUUUGUUUGUCUGGUGGUUUGGUUCGUCAGAAGAUGAAGUACAUGAGGUUUCUUAGGAAACGCAUGAACACUAAGCCUUCUCAUGGUCCUAUUCAUUUCCGUGCUCCGUCCAAGAUCUUCUGGCGUACCGUUCGUGGGAUGAUUCCACACAAGACCAAGCGUGGUGCUGCUGCUCUUGCACGUUUGAAGGUUUUUGAGGGAGUCCCACCUCCUUAUGACAAGGUCAAGAGGAUGGUCAUCCCCGAUGCUCUCAAGGUUUUGAGGCUUCAAGCUGGCCACAAGUACUGCUUGUUGGGCCGUCUGUCUUCUGAGGUUGGCUGGAACCAUUACGAUACCAUUAAGGAGCUUGAGACGAAAAGAAAGGAGAGGUCACAAGCUGUGUAUGAGCGCAAGAAGCAACUCACCAAGCUCAGGGCUAAGGCUGAGAAGGUUGCAGAGGAGAAACUUGGAUCCCAGCUCGAUGUCCUUGCAUCAAUCAAGUACUGAAAGUCAAUCCACAACAACUAUCAUUUGGUGUUGCUUUAAGUCAUUUCUUGGAACUCGUUUUGAUUUAUUUUGUUUUGAUAGUAUUGUAGACAUACUGGAAUGUGUAAACGUUUUGGUUAUUUUGGUUGUUUUACACUAUCUUAUGGUUUAUCUUUUGAUAUUUCACUUAA